GUGGGAUGUCACCGAGCCGAUCACAGGUGUCGCAUUCUUUCCUGGAGGAGAUAAAUUCAUCUUAUGGGAACUCAAAUCCAUUGGGUUCGAGACUGGAGCCCUCUAUCUACUUGAUGGAAAAACUCAACGCAAGAAACGCAUAAACUGUAACGCCAUCUCCAUCUCCCCCGAUGGACAAAAGGUCGCUGUUGUUUAUGCUACCGAUACUAGACUUCCAUAUUUACCAUCAUCAAAGUCGAUUAUCCUCUGCGUGACCUUCUUUCCCAAUUCACGCCGGAUUCUCAUGGUGGAUUCCAAUCAAAAUUUGACUGUAAUAUCACUCGAUGACAUGAAUCAGAAUUCCAGACCCCUUUUAUGCUCGGCAGUGGAUCACAUACGACAACUGGUAAUCUCGCCAACGGAGCAGCUGGUUGCAAUAUUCACCAAUCAAGGAUUAAUUGUCCAUGGAAUCGAGAAAGAUAUCUAUCUAAUUCCUCUUUCCACGAGUACAUUGUGGGGUGGUGGGUUCUCUCCAGAUGGCUCUUAUAUUUAUGCCGUCGACAGGAACUCUAGAAGAUGGACGGUCUCAACCAUUGAUACAAUGAGCUGGGUCCUCCAAAAACUCUCUACAGAACCUGUGCGAGCUGCCAUUAACCCGAACACCUUGGUUUCUGUCUAUACAGUUGUGGGCCAGGGAUGGUCUGCCCUGAAGAUUUCAUCCUCCGAACGUGAAGAUAUAUUUAUUGAUCUUUCUACUGGUAAAAGAAUUAUCCCACCCUCGUCUCGAUUCGUCGGAAACCAGCUUAAAUAUGGGGAUCGAUGGCUCAUGUCUGUACCUCAGGACGCACGCGGGAAUUGGAGCUUGACCCAGGACCACAUAGCGUACAUAGAUGAGGAAGGACGGCCUAUUGUUAUCGACUACUCUUCUCUCGUCGCACAAGCAUUGCAAGGGGUAAAUAACCCCAAGGUAGUAGAGGUUUGGAGAACAGAGUGGCUGGAGCAUUUAGAAAAACUUCGACCGGAACUACCUGAGGACCAACGGGUACCUUACUUCAAGGAAUUAGAGUUUUGGAGGACAGAGUGGUGGGAGCGGCUGAAACAACUUCGACUGGAAUUACCUGAGGACUCUCCCCAUGAACGACAAAAGGAAAUUGCCGAAAAUAUUGGAUGCAUAAUGAUGCAUGGGACAUUAGAGGAGAUCUUGGCAAUGAUUGAAGAUGGGGAGCAAGGCGAGCAUCUUCAAUCAAGGGUGAAUGCGAUUCGACAGGAUGCAGAUCAUAUGCAAGCUCUCAGGAAAUUAUGGGAAGAACAAGAUCUGGAUCUCUUAGAGAAUAAAGGUCUUGUAAACCAUACUAGCUUAGGCCCUGAAGCGGAUUCCCACCAUCUCUUCGGGUGGAAUGGAUGGACACCGGGUUCGCAGUCAAAGGCCCGUGACAGGAAGCCACAAAAAGUGCUCAUCUUGGCUGACCCCUGGGUGAAUCCGACAGCUUCAUCCCUUGGGCUUGCGGCCCGUUGUGACUUCUUGAUCGGAACCCCACCACUGCUAAGGAUUGUUACAGAUAGAUGCAAAGACAUACCAUCUGCAACUAUCUCCCAUCUGUGGGACAUUCAGCAUCACCGCAGCAUGCACGCACCACGGCACCUGGAUGGUAUGGAUGCCCACGACGAUCCUCGAUGGUCCCGACAUGGGUGCCGAGAGCGCAACCCGUGUCCAACGCCAUUCUGUAAGAUUGUGCAGCGUGGUCUCCUCACCCCGAAAGCUGACCCUGAGACUAGAAUUCGAUUUGACGUACUGCAUAACGCUUACUUAUAUGGGAUGGAACUUUUGGCGCUCGGUAGGGGAGAACACGGUGACUUCAUUGGACAGACUCAAGACACUAGCAAGCGGCGAUCACCCGUUGAUCUCGAGAAAUGGGGAUUCGACUUGCUCUUUAUGACGCGUAGCGCAUUAGGUCACGACUCGAGAUGCCUCAAUGCUCGCGUUCAAAUCCCAUUCCCAUUGCAUCCUUUACGGCUCAGGGAUGGAAUAUAUCAAAAUUUGGCGUUUGAUCGCAAUAUUCAUGGCAGAUUUGAUGGUAUGGACAUGCACGAUGAUCCUGACGCUUUGCUGACGAUGAGGCCAGGCUUGCCAGGGCUCUACCCUUCGGAUUCGCUGAUUGAUAUUGCCCACGAGGGUUGUAUAAGUUAUUUCCUGCAUAACGAUAUAUCUUGUGCCCUGAAUAUUCGACCCUUUUCCUCAAUAGUAUCAAAUUCGCCUAUGGGCAGGAGAAAACUCGACGAUGGGAGCUCCCACCUUUGCCGUGGAAUUGUAGAAGUAAACGAUCAUGGAAACUACGCGCGAAUAUUACCCACCAGGACUCGAAAAGCUGCAACAGCUCUCACCCCGGCCCAACCCAACCCAAAACCACACCAUGUUGAUCAAGACCUUUCUCCCGAGACCAAUUUUACUACUCUUUGGCAUGAAGUCUCAAAGCCUCAAGAGCCCCGUAAAACUAAAACACAACAGGACACUUUGUCUGAAUGGAAUGAUCGAUUCGAUCGAUACAUGUCCUCUUUGCUUGAUCAUGAGGGUAUACCGAUCUUACAAGACUGUGGAUGCGACGGCCAUGACCCUGUGGAUCUCCAAUUAUUCAGCUUACAACUUUUCCCCGCAAGUACCAUAACGCCAAGGACUGCAUUCACAUUCAAUGUCCUGGAACAAUUCCGCCUCCUUCACCUCGAAGGAAAGGAUAGGCCUUAUCCGUCUGACUACAGACGAGAUCGUGGCAGAGAAUUUCAGCGAGUGGCCCGACAAUGGAAUUAUUUGCUUGCAAAGAAGAGUGCUCUUGCUAUGGACACAUUGGCGAAUCCUCUGGCACCUCGAUGCCCAGCAUGCCCACAUCCUGGUAUGAACAUGGAUCGGGCACAACCGUCCUAUAAGGGCUUUGGGCUCUGGGAGGAUAAGGGCUUUUUUGUUGGCAGUAAACGUUACAAUGAAUAUCUUAAGAAAAUGGAUGAGUCACAGCAAUCCCAGCCAGUAAGCAAUCCCCCAAGCAAUAUCCCUCAUCCUGACCAUAAAAUAGACAUCUACCUGCUCUGA